AUGUAUCUAGAGAUGUAUACACGUGAAUCACGGUGGUGGGAUCUACUUAGUAGGAUGCUCGAACAUUCUCCUAAUCUACAAAUCUUGAAACUCGUUGGUAAAUAUAUUCCUGACUCUCGUGUGUUCGGCUGGGAAUGGAAUAAGCCAAACUAUGCACCUGAAUGUUUGUUGUCACAUCUAGAGACAUUUGUGUGGAUAAGAUAUGACUGGAAAAGCGAAAAUGAAGAAGUGGCUGCGUAUAUUCUAAAGAAUGCGAGACGGUUGAAGAGUGCAACUAUCUCCGCAAAUCCCAUUAAACCAAAAGAGCUGAACAAGUUGAAAGAGAGACGUAAGAUGUUCAGAAAAUUAGAUGAUGUGGUCAGGGCUUCAAGUUCAUGCAACCUUGUUAAAUUGUUGUCACUAACAACGACGGUGCCAAAACUCAUGUUUGUAUCUCCUAAUAAUAAAUUUGCAGAGAAUAUUACUAAGGCUUUGCUUUCACAUAAAGCUCCAAUUCUAGAGAGUUUGAGUCUGAGGCUAAAUAAAGAAGCAUGUAUUGGAAAUAUUGGAAUAUGGCUUGGGAUUGCAUUUGCACGCCAUGUGCGUAAGCUAGAAAUUGACUUGAAGUUUCACCUAACUUCUCCGAGUAGCAUGUUUUGCUCUCCUUCACUUGAAACCUUGAUACUCAAGAACUCAAUCCAUAUUGAUGUUCCUUCUCCGGUUUCUAUGAAGUCACUUAAAACUCUCCACCUUCAAUUUGUGACGUACAAAGACGAUCAAUCAGUUCGCAACCUUCUAUCUGGCUGUCCUAGUCUUGAAGAUUUGUUAGUACAUCGAAGUUACAUUAAAAGUGUAAACAAUUUCAUUAUUGUCGCUCCAUCUUUGAAGAGACUAACCAUUCACGAUCUCACUAGAGAAAGAAAUGAUUGUGGAUAUGUGAUAAACGCUCCUUCUUUGAAAUACUUGAACAUUGAAAUGUUAGUAGAAUGUGAGUUUUGUCUGAUUGAGAAUUCACCAGAGCUAGUUGAGGCGAAAUUUAGAAGCGUUUCUAAAAUAGUCAACGAGACGUUUCUGAGAUCUCUCAAGCCAGCCAAACGUCUUUCCUUACACUUAUCACGCCUAGAGAUUAAGCGUCCUACUGGUAUUAUCUUCUAUCAACUGGUAUAUCUAGAGGUUCACACACUUCAUGUGACGUGGUGGAAUCUACUUACCCUCUUGCUCGAUAGCUCUCCUAAACUACAAGUCCUCAAGAUCAUUGAUUUAUUGCCUCAAAGCCAAGUGUUCAAAUAUUUUAUUGGACUAAGUGUUUUCAGCAACGAAUGGAGCAAACCAGAGAAUGUUCCUGAAUGUUUGUUGUUCCAACUCAAGACAUUUGUGUGGAAAAGAUACGACAUAACAAGUGAAGAACAGAAAGAAGUAGAUACUUACAUUCUUAAGAAUGCAAUACGGUUGAAGAAGGCAGCUUUCUCCAUUGAUAGAGCAUUUGCAGAGUUCAACGAGUUGGAAGAGAGACUUCAGAUUCUCAAGGAGCUGGUUUCAAAUUCAUGUCAGUUUCUAUCUGGAUUCGAAUGA